AGCCGCGUCAUUCGUUCGUCGGCCGCCGGCGCGUACGCAGCGUUCGCGCGCGCCUUUUAAAAUUUUUAAUUCGUUUCGCUAUCUUUUUUCUUUAAUCCUUAAUUGCGCGUUUGUGAGAUAAACCUAUUUUGAAAUUAUAAUAGUCCGCCGGUGUUGCUCUAGUCACUAGAGUCUAGUGUUUUUUUAGACAAUUAAUACAGUUUUUCCAUGGAUUUUUUCAAGUGUAGUUUAACAAGUGAUUCUUUGAAGUUUAUCUAUAGUGAUAGCUGACUUCAAUAUGCAAUGAUAAAACCGAUUUCUUUUUGUAAAUAUAUAUUUUAUGCCAUAAACUGAAUUACGAUUUCGUUUCCUGAUCUUUACGAAAUCGGUAAAUAAUUGUCUGACAUGUUAUUAUAAUUACCAAGCUAUGAGAACAUAUCCAUCAAUAAAUUUAUACUCAACAGUGCGCAGUGACAUAGAUCUUAAACAAUGCGUCGGCAAAAGUUAAUAGUCGACCCCGAUCUAGGAGAUCUGGAAGAGAUGUUAGCUAACGUACAAUCGCAACUGGAAAACGAAAUCGACGAAUCGAAAAUGCCGUCAAUAACAAAUAUUCAGGAGUCACCAAGAAUGGUAAAGAGAACUUCUUCAUUCAACAAGUGCAAUACGCUGGAGUUCAACCGCCGACCGGCGCCCAGACCCCCUUUGAGCAGAAUAUACAGCGAGGUCAAUUCCGGAAGUCAGAGUUUGGAAUACCGUAAUGGAGAUUACAGAGAUCUGUCCCAAGCUAAUGGGAAAUUGAGGGGCUCACAAUCGAGUUUGAAAGAUGAGAUGGGGUCACAGAGUUCAUUUCAAUCGUUCAGAUCGGAGCCGGCGCAGCGGCUGUCGAUCUUGAGUUUGCCUGAUUCGAGGAGUUCGAAGUCUCUGAAUGGAAGAGGGAAGACUGCGACUCUGCCGAGGGGUUAUGGUGCCAGUAAGAAGGAGUGGGAGGAAUACUGGGCUCACGAGCAAUCCAUAAGCAGUGCCCGCGCAUCGGUGAUGGUCUACGACGACGGCCUGAAGCGAUGGGUGCCUUCCGGCUCCAGCUCCGGCCUGUCCAAGGUCCACAUAUACCAUCACACACAGCAUAACACCUUCAGGGUUGUUGGCAGAAAACUUAAUGAUCACGAGGUGGUGAUAAACUGUGGCAUAGUUCGCGGUCUCAAGUACAACCAAGCGACCCCCACGUUCCACCAAUGGCGCGAUGCGAGACACGUAUACGGGCUCAACUUUUCGUGUCGCGAAGACGCCGACAGCUUUGCGCGCGCCAUGAUGCAUUCACUCGAGAUACUAGCGAACAAGAUAGCAGGCAAUUCCCCUGCGCCAGCCGCGGCGCCCAAUCCCCCCGCGCCCUUCAAUGGACACAACAACGUGCAUUACGACGAAGAUAUGGGGUACAGAACGAUGACACGCGAAGACGCAGCGAUGUUGCAACCCCAAUAUCAUGCGCCGCAGAACCACCACCACCAGCAGCAAUACCACGCACAACCCUCGCAGUAUCAUGCUCCGCAUCAGCACCAUCAGCAGCCGGCACCGCCCGCGCCGCCGCCACACGGCGUAGCCCACGGCCACGCGCACACGCACACGCUGCCGCACCAGAACUCCGCGCCCACGCCCACGCACCACCGAACCAACAGCGCACCAAUGGCGGGCAACAUGUCUCUGUCGGCCGCAACGUCGGCGCCCGCGCCGCCUGCGCCGCCUCCGGUGCCGCCGCACCAAAACCUGCCUGCGCCUAACGGUCCAAUGGCGCCGCCGACGCCGCCCGCCGCUCCGCAACCUCCACCCAUGGCCCCCGCGCCCCCCGCUGCCCCGGCCGUGAACGGCGGCCCGCCGCCCCCGCCCCCUCCCCCCGGGGCGGCCGCGGGCCCGCAGGGAGUGGCGUCCCCCCCGCCUCCGCCGCCGCCGCCCGCGCCGGCGCCGCCCGAUCUGUCCGGCCUGGCCGCGCAGCUGCAGCAGGCGCGGCUCAAGCGACAAGCUAAGGUACCCAUCGACACUGGUGUCGCAAAUGUUAUGCCUAUUUGUUGUAUUUAUACAUAAGUGGAAAUUGGGUAAGAGACGAAACGCCAUUGAAAACACGCAAUACGAUAUCUACUUUAUUGUCGAACGACGUUUAUCUAAAAAUACUUUGCUAACACAUACAUAUCAGGUUAUGUA